AUGGUCAUGUCGUCGUUCAACGAAGCCCUUGGCACCACGCUCGAGUUCGCGCCCAUUCGUCUUUCGGACGCGGCGCUGGACGCCGACUUUAACGCAGCCCUGGACUUUGAAAUGGACGAGAUCAAGCUCAUCUUGGAAGCAGCACAGACGCCUCUCUUUGAGCUGCACGACCACGCUAUGUCGAUUGAAGCCGACCAAGUCCCGAUGGCCAACUUUCAAAACUUCCUCUUCUCGACGAUCGAUGCACGGAUGCGUCGCGGGGUUUCGCACACGCACCCUGCGACCGCUCAGCUCUACGCGCAGCUGCAGUCGUCGAGCGCCGCCGACAAGUGGGCACUGCCGCGCCUCAUCGCGAUCGAGUACCUCGUGCGCUGCUUGGACGGCAAAGCGAGCUGGCACGUCGGCCUCUUCUCGACCAAGCACGGGCUCAAGCACAACUGCCUUCGCCGCUGCUUGACGUGUGUGCCCCACGCCCUCGAUCUGCUCUGCGACGCGUUCAUUGUCCAGGACCAAGUCAUUGCGCAUACCGAGACGGUCCUCGCGCAGCACAAGAUCGCCGCGCUCUCGGGCCAUUUCUUCAAACGUCUUCAGGAACUCGGUGUCCCCCGUGGCGCAUCCUGUGCGCUGACCGCCACCAUCUCGUGCUGGUACCUUGACAGCUGGGAGAUUCACGCCGUCGACCUUGUCGCCGACGUGGCCGCGUUAUAA